UGGUCAGGCUUAGCUUUUCUGUAUGUUUCUUUCUUGGGGUAGGAUCAAAAGCUCGAUCGGAUUUGUACCUACUAUAUAUCUUCUUUUCCUGUUGUUAUCUUUCGUGUCAAACAAUGUUCAAGCCUGCUGUUGCUGACAUUCAAAUCACAUGAAUUUAUCGUUGGGACAUACAUAUUUUUGAGUUGCAACCAGGCAACCAAAAAUGACAACGUUCCUUUUGUAAUAUUAUGCUUCAUUCUUUAAAGUUGGCCAAUGGCCCAAACACAGUCCAACUUACUUAUGAUGGUCUUGGCCUUCGUAUUGAAGGAGGCGGUGUUGACGUUGAGCAAAAGUCUAGCAAGCGUUCAUUCUUGGACUUGACAAUCGUGCCCAUCGCCAAAGUUAAUGUCUUGAACUUAUGCUUCGAUAAUGACACACACCUACUCAAAGUUCAUGCUCUUAUUCCUCGGCAACAUGCCGUACCAGAGUCUCCUUUGGACCUGUGCGUUUUUCGUUGCUCAGUUGACCAGAGCAAAACGACUGAGACACAGACUUUUUGCCAAGCAGUCAUGGGCCAUGUUUAUGAAGGUAUUCCUGUUGGUCGACGUCUUAAAGUGCUUGUCAAUCCUUUCAGCGGUCAGGGCCACGCGAAAAAGAUAUUCAAAGAAAAGGUUUCUCCUGUGUUUGAGAGUGCUCAAUGCAAAGUAGACUAUCAAGAAACGGAGUAUCAAGGCCAUGCUGUUGAGAUUGCCCGGGAAUUGGAUAUUGAUGCAUAUGACGCUAUUGUUACUGUCAGUGGUGAUGGCAUCAUUCAUGAAGCGAUUAAUGGCUUUUCUCAAAGACCGGAUGCACGCGCAGCAUUGAAAAAGGUUCCUCUCGGUGUUAUUCCUGGUGGAACUGGAAAUGCUCUCAGCAUUUGUAUGUUGGGUGAAAAGCUGGGUUUCGAUCCUAUCCACACUGCCCGUCAAAUCAUUAAAGGAAAGAACAUGUCGUUUGACCUUUGCUCUGUCACGUAUGAUGACCAUCAAUACAUAUCCUUCCUGUCCCACAACUAUGGUAUCACUUCUUACGCCGAUUUGGCAACUGAGAAUAUGCGAUGGAUGGGUGAUACGCGCACGAUCGUUGGCCUCCUUCAACAAAUCUUCAAGGGUGAAAGCUACCAAUUGGAAGCUGCUGUUCAAAUAGUGGAAGCCAACAAGGACAAAAUCAAAAGUAACUUUCCCUCUGCAACGCAAAUUCCGGAUAGUGGAGACAAUGGACCGAUUCAAGAUACUAUUCCAGCCCUUACCGAACCUGUCCCCGAAGAUUGGACUGUUAUCAAGGGCGAUGUAUCGCUCUUCCUAACCAGCAAGACACCAUGGUUGGCGCGUGGUAUGUUGAGUCAUCCUUGUGCCGAACCAAACGACGGACUGCUGGAUUUGUUCCUUGUUAGAAGCAACCACAGUCUAUUUUCCAAACUGGAUAUGUUUGGUCGAAUAUUAUAAAAUCAAGGCAUUUCGUCUGACACCAAUUGCUAAGGCUGGCAAAAAGGUUUACGUUGCGAUCGAUGGUGAGCACGCGCCAGCAAAGACUUUCCAAGUCCAAGUCCACCCAGGUCUUGGCUCUGUAUUGAGCUUAUAUCCCAAUUAUGCCAAUGCUCGUACAUGGCGUCCAUCGAGCGUAUCGACCCGUUCGUCCCGCUCCUUCAAAGACAAACUUUCGUCAAUGGGCGACAAGCUUCGCAACACCUGUGCUUACAUUCUGUCACUCAUCCGUAACUACUUCCGCAACUUCCGUAAUCUCUUCAGACGCACAUCCGUCAGAUAAUUGAAGUCCCUUCGUUAAAUUAUUUGUUCUCUGUCAUAAUACCACUUAUCCACUUGUCCUGUUUCUUUUUUUUCAUUACUAUUAUUUCAUUCUAUAAAAAAGUAUCUCCGUGCAAAGUUUCUCUUUACAUUGUUCCUGUUCAUCAUCC